GGGAAAGUCCUUCCAUUCUCAAACUACCUUAUUGCACCCAAUAUUCACUCGACCCACCACGGCUUUAACUAAAAAUCGUUCCGCUCAAAUGUCUGGCAAAGGCGAAGAUUUCAUAGUUGAAGCAGAAGAUGAGUGGCCUGGAAAAGGACCCGAUGAACGUUUGCUCGGCACCUAUCGGUACAAUGGAGACCCCAGACAACGCUACUAUGUCACCAUCUCGGCGCAUCCCGACUUCUCCAAUAAUUCGGGUUUCCGUUUUGAAUACCACUAUCGAGAAUUUGUUCGGAAAAGCAACAUGCUUCCAUGUGAAGGCGUCCCCUUCGUUUACCGCCGAACCGAUCUUGGUAAACGGGAACAAAACUGGGACGACAUCGGUUUGCCAGAAAAGCUUUGCCCAGACAAAGAUCGCCCAGACACAAGGAUUGUCCGUUUCAAAAUCGAGGUCUUGGAUGACCCAAGGCACCCGACGAAUAAGGACAAACAAUACGUGAAAACAACAAUGACUUGGAUGCCCCCCAAAUGCGGAAGAGAUUGGGGAGAUGAGCACGUUCUAUGGAAGGAUGCGGGUCCAUGUAAAAUUGUUGAUAAGGCACCGAAGCAAGGCAGUGCAGAUACGUAA